AUGCCACGUACACCUAUUUACCCCGAGGUGGAGAAAUUAAUUAUCCUCAAAAAACGUGCAAAGCUGGAAAAGGUUAAAUCUGAUAGUGCGAAGGAAAGCUCAACCACUCAAACCCCUAAGAGGACAUCUAUUAAGAGAAAAGACUCUCCUCAUGCGUACAAAGACAAGAAAAAGGAACGACCUGCAGGUCAGAAUUUAGAUUUGCCUCAACUUAUAAGCUCUUUUGCUGGACUAUCCGCCACUAUGAAUGGUAACUUGUUUGUUCCAGAAAAUGGGUUAAAAAAUUAUGGACAAUCUUUAUCAACUGCAUGCGAGACUGUCGCAACAACGUACAAUAAUUAUUAUAUUGAAAACUUUGAAAAUAUUAUAUGUAACUACUUUAUCUAUGCAUUAAAGACAAAAUAUGCGGUUAACAACGAUUUUGGCCGUAUCCGUGACGGAUCUGGUCAAUUUUUGGCUAUUCUGUAUCCUGGACGGGAAUUUUUGAAAAAUGACCGUAUCCGUGACGGAUCUGAUAAAAUGGCAAUGAAGUUGGCUAUAGAAUAAGGAUUAUCACUGUUCUAUUUAUGAUACUCCACUACCAAACAAUGGGCUACACCGUAUUAGAAUUUGGUCUUUAUUUCUUUUUAAUAGCUCUCAUAAUAUAUUCUUUUAAUAAAAUACAUCGUAAUAUCUUUUAUUAUCAAUACAAA